UGCUUUUGACUUUCCAGUCAGGGAAGGAGAUGGCUUUUUGGGUUUAAUGUAAACUAGGAAAUGGCCGCGGACUAACUGUAUGCUCCAGGCACAAGGGGAUUUGUUUGUGUUUCAUGCUGCCUUGACAAACUUGCAUGAAAGGAUAUGGGAGACCUGGAAAAGCCGGUCUGCGAUAAUGCGCUGCAGCUGACUUUUGCCUUGAAUUCCUCAGCACUCUUGGGCUCAGGUAUCAGUAAAUGAACUGAGGUCCAAAAGAUUUGGCAUCAUGGCCCCUCGAAAGCGAGCUGCGAGGGGGGUCUCCUUCAUUUUCUGUUGCUUCAGAGGGAGUGACCACCCCGAAAUUACCUAUCGCUUGCGAAAUGACAGCAACUUCGCUUUGCAUACCAUGGAGCCAGCACUACCCAUGCCUGCCCAGGAUGAACUGGAUGCCAUGUUCCUGGAGCUUGUGGAUGAGCUGGACCUUACAGAUAAACACAGGGAGGCCAUGUUUGCACUCCCAGCAGAGAAAAAAUGGCAGAUCUACUGCAGCAAAAAGAAGGAGCAAGAAGAGAACAAGGGUGCUACAAGCUGGCCGGAGUUCUACAUUGACCAGCUGAACUCGAUGGCUGCUAGGAAAACUCUUCUUGCUUUGGAGAAAGAAGAUGAGGAAGAGAGGAAUAAAACCAUUGAAAGUCUAAAGACUGCACUUAGGACGCAGCCGAUGAGGUUUGUUACAAGGUUCAUCGAUAUGGAUGGCUUGACAUGUAUCCUGAACUUCCUCAAGAGCAUGGACUAUGAGACUGCAGAGUCUCAGAUACAUACCUCUCUGAUUGGAUGCAUCAAGGCACUCAUGAACAAUUCUCAGGGCCGAGCUCAUGUACUUUCACAUGUGGAGAGCAUCAAUAUUAUUGCUCAGAGUUUAGCCACUGAGAAUAUAAAGACGAAAGUGGCAGUGUUGGAAAUCAUGGGAGCUGUGUGUCUGGUCCCUGGAGGGCAUAAAAAAAUCCUGGAGGCCAUGCUACACUACCAGAAGUUUGCUUGUGAGCGUACACGUUUCCAGACGUUAAUGAAUGACCUUGAUAGAAGCACUGGGCGAUACAGAGAUGAAGUAAGCCUGAAAACAGCCAUCAUGUCAUUUAUCAAUGCAGUUUUAAGUCAAGGUGCUGGAGCGGAAAGCUUAGAAUUCCGAAUUCAUCUUCGAUACGAGUUCCUCAUGCUAGGAAUUCAGCCAGUCAUUGACAAAUUGCGGUCCCAUGAAAAUUCCACAUUAGAUAGGCAUUUAGAUUUUUUUGAAAUGCUACGAAAUGAAGAUGAACUGGAACUCUCAAAACGAUUUGACAUAGUUCACAUUGAUAGUAAAAGUGCCACCCAGAUGUUUGAUCUCAUUAAAAAGAAAAUGAAUCACACAGAAGCAUAUCCGCACUUUAUGUCUAUUUUGUACCACUGUCUACAGAUGCCUUAUAAAAGGAAUGGAAACACAGUGCACUACUGGUUACUUUUGGAUCGCAUUGUGCAGCAGAUUGUCUUGCAGAAUGACAAAGGCCAUGACCCUGAUGUUGCACCUUUAGAAAACUUUAAUGUCAAGAAUGUUGUUCGAAUGCUUGUCAAUGAAAAUGAAGUAAAACAGUGGAAAGAACAAGCUGAAAAAAUGCGAAAAGAACACAAUGAACUGCAGCAGAAGCUUGAAAAGAAGGAGCGAGAGUGUGAAGCCAAAUCCCAGGAGAAGGAUGAAAUGAUGCAGACGCUCAACAAGAUGAAAGAAAAACUGGAAAAAGAAUCUGUUGAGCUGAAGCAGACAAAACAGCAAGUGGCUGAUCUCUCCACACAGCUUCAUGAUCUCAGCAGCAGACCAAGUUUUGCCUCUAUCCCAGGUGGCCCUCCUCCACCACCAGGAGCGCCUGGUGGUCCCUUGCCUCCACCACCUCCUCCUGGGGGCAUACCUCCUCCACCACCCCCUCCUGGUGGAAUGCCACCACCACCUCCCCCACCCCCUGGUGGUCCUCCUCCUCCUCCAGGGCCACCCUUCCUUGGAGGGGCACCUCCCCCGCCAGGGGCACCUCUUGGUCCUUCUUUAAAAAAGAAGAACAUUCCACAGCCAUCCAAUCCUCUCAAGUCUUUUAACUGGGCCAAGCUGCCAGAGGUCAAACUUGAUGGAACAGUGUGGACAGAUAUUGAUGAUGUUAAAGUAUUUAAAGUGCUUGACCUUGAAGACAUUGAGAAGACAUUCUCUGCUUAUCAGAGGCAGCAGGACUUCUUUGUGAACAAUAACAGUAAACAGAAAGAAACUGAAAAUGAUGAUACGUUGGGUUCCAGAAAAGUCAAGGAGCUGUCAGUAAUUGACGGUAGAAGAGCACAGAACUGCAACAUCCUUCUGUCAAGGUUAAAGCUGACCAAUGAGGAAAUAAAGAGAGCAAUUUUAACAAUGGAUGAGCAGGAGGAUCUUCCCAAAGAUAUGCUUGAGCAGCUUUUGAAGUUUAUUCCAGAAAAAAGUGAUAUUGAUCUUCUGGAGGAACAUAAACAUGAACUGGAACGCAUGGCCAAAGCAGACAGGUUCCUUUACGAAAUGAGCAGAAUAAAUCACUACCAGCAACGAUUACAGUCACUUUAUUUCAAGAAAAAAUUUGCAGAGAGAAUAGCUGAAGUUAAGCCUAAAGUUGAAGCCAUGCGUAAUGCAUCCAAAGAAGUGCUACACAGCAAGAACUUGAGGCAACUUCUUGAAGUGGUUUUGGCUUUUGGUAACUACAUGAAUAAAGGCCAGAGAGGAAAUGCAUUCGGUUUUAAAGUCUCCAGCCUCAACAAGAUUGCCGACACAAAGUCAAGUAUUGACAAAAAUAUAACUCUCCUGCACUACUUGAUUACCAUUCUUGAGAAGAAGUACCCUAAAGUGGCAGCUUUUCAAGAGGACCUCCAGCAUGUACCUGAAGCUGCAAAAGUAAACAUUAUUGAACUGGAAAAGGAAAUUAACAACCUGCGCAGCGGCCUGAAAAAUGUGGAAACUGAGCUGGAAUACCAGAAGGGUCAAACCCAGCAAUCUGGAGACAAGUUUGUGUCCGUGGUUAGCCAGUUCAUCACCGUGGCAAGUUUUAGCUUUUCGGAUGUGGAAGACUCCCUGUCCGAAGCCAAGGAGCUGUUCCAAAAAGCUGUAAAAUACUUUGGAGAGGAUGCAAUGAAAAUGCAGCCAGAUGAGUUUUUUGGCAUCUUCGAUCAAUUCCUGCAGUCAUUCAGCGACGCUAAGAGGGAAAAUGAAAAUAUGCGGAGGAAGAAAGAAGAAGAAGAACGUAGAGCACGCAUGGAAGCUCAGCUGAGAGAGCAAAGAGAAAAGGAACGCAAAGCCAGGAAAGCCAAGGAAAAUGGAGAGGAAGGUGGAGAAUUUGACGACCUGGUGUCUGCCUUGAGAUCAGGAGAAGUUUUCGACAAGGACCUCUCCAAACUAAAACGCAACCGGAAGCGUAUAAACAGUCAAGUGACGGAAAGCAGCAGAGAACGACCAGUCACAAAACUCAACUAUUAAGAUCUGUAGCAUUCCAAAAUAGAAAAUGAGAUAAAAACAAAAACAGUCCUGCAGUAUAAAAGUAAUAAUGUAGCGUUGCAUUACUAUUGCUAGGAACCUCAGUUUCUGUCUUGCUAGUCACACUGCCAAGUGGCUGCUUCCUUUUACCACUGAGUUUCUAUUUUAUAUCUUCCAUCUCUAGCAGCUGACAGUAAUAAUAAUAUUAAAAAAUGAUAGCUGGUUUGCUGUGGUGCUUAAGCACAACUUUGUGUCUGUCUGGAAACAGACUACAAAACAAUUAACAAUCCUUUCAAUGAAGAAAGUGGACAAAGUGUUCAGUCUUCUAUAAUGGAGUAAAUGGCUGAAUUCCAGUUUUGCAGUCCCAUGGCUUCCAUGAGGAGUUUCUCGUUUUUUUUGCUUUCUUUAAGUAACGGAGUGAACCGAUGAAAUGUGGCGCUGGCGCGUCAUAUUUGGAUGCUAUAUGGAUCUUUAUAGCUAACCAAAUUUCAGACUUGACAACACUUUAACUCUCUGCAUGGGAGGAGAGGAUACCCAACCAUGCACAUCCAGCAAGUAGUCCUUUCUGUUGGACGGCACGUUUCUUAUUCAUUGGAUGACGUACGCUUUUGUGUUCUGAGAAACUAUCUAACUUCCCUUGACACAAUUUCUCUCUCUUUUGUUUUUUCUGUGGAAAAGCUUUAAUUUUUGUCACUGAACGUAUUAGGGCCGAAGGACAUUAUAAAAAGCGGCAUGCUUUAUAAUACUUGUUUGCAAAGAGCCCUCCUGCGCCUGAAGAAGACAUUCCAUGAAGCAUUGCUGGGUCAGUUGAGUGGGUGGGGUGGGGGGGUUGUGGGGGAGUUUUAUGGUGUAGGGAAUGAAUGUUUGAUUUUAAUGUGUAAAUUGAACCUGCAUUUGUUACUUUUAAGAGUUAUGUCAUUAAAUGAGAACCCCAAAGGAGAACUGCUGUAUAAAUACUUGAAGUACAAAAAAAUAUUUUCACCUUGGCAAGAAAUAUAAAUGUGUGACAAAUA